AUGGCAGACAAGGACUCUACUCCGGACAUCGCAGCAGCGCCUCAGUCGCCUCCUGCUGAGUCUUCCGACGCACCCGCUUCAGUACCUUCUGAUACUACAUGUCCUCGACCUCUUUCGCAUGAACUGAAUCUACACAGUGAUGGUGUCCGUCCACUCGUAGGGCUCGAGCUGCCUGUAUAUGGCUCUGACAUGGUCAAAGUAUUGGAGACUGUAGGUGGACUACAGAGUUUGCAAAAAGCACAUGAAACCAAGAACCAGUUUCUUCCGGUUAAGCUGCGGCCAGUAGAGCCUUCGUGCAAGCCGCUCUUUGCGGACCUGACCAAGACGCAGAUGGUGUUGCUGAGGGUGAAGCGGUCGCAGGUCAACCGACAUCGAAGCGAGAUGGCAGCCGUCGAGGAGACGAAAGCGAAUAGUAACGAACUGGAGAAGUCUACUGCCGAUCUCACAAGGUUCUCAGUCCAAGUGGUGGGGCUGAUCAAGGAAAAGUACGUGUGCGAAGGCAUGGCGGACUUUCAGUACUUCACCGCCCGGGAGUUCUACCCAACGUGCAAACCAGACAAAGAUGCACUCACUGUGGUGGUAAAUGCGACAGAAGCAGUGGAGACAGCGGUGAUGAACAGUGCAGUGGUGGAGAACGGUCCUUUGUCCAGACCGUCGUUGCGACAGAGAGAACUGCAAGACUGUUUGCGACCGUAUCUGGCGGUAGAGAAUGAAACACAGCUCGAGCUCAUUCCCGAAGUAUUUUCGAAGGUAGAUCUACCGCUGAAGUAUGAGUUCCGCCAGAAGUCAGGGUACCAGCCAACAGCCACUACGAAGAAACCGUCUACUACAAUGACGUACCUGAACUUUCAUGACGACACGCCUGCACCUAUCGAACCUAAGCCAGAGAAACCUGUGGUGCGACGGAGAUCUGUGGGCGUGGAUGAUAAUGGUGUUGAUGCACACGUGAUGGAGAUGCUGGAGGAUAAACUUGCAGAGAAGCCGGUUUGGCUUCGCUCCAAGUUGUUCAAUGGACUGGACGGAUGCGAGCGCCGAGCUGCAAGACGUUUGCUGCGAAAGCUUUGUUACGUAUUUGUGGACGGACCCUGGAGAGGGUCGUGGAUCAAGAUGGGUUACGACCCGAGGUCGAUUGAAGUGUCGGAUACAGCGUCAUGUUACCAGGUUGUUGAGCUGCGAAACAACCGCGAGCUUAUACACUCCAAGGUCACCCAUGCUACUAGAAAACGCGUCAAAAAGUUUGCCGGUGCUAGUUUAGGGAACGCAUGUGGGGAUGGUGGACACGUGAAAGCUCCGCGAAUCGUCAAAGUGACACAAACUUCGGCGCUCGAGAACGCGCAAGCCAGCAAACGUCGUCGUAAGGAACGAUUCACUCGGGGUGAGACACGGCGCUCCUAUCUGGUAGAGCCAACUCUGCCUGAAAGCGCAUUUGGCGCAGCACCCACAAUCGCUUCUUCACCUUGCGCAGGGUCUUUGUCAUCGACCGUAAACUCGUGCAAUGACUGGGAAUCGGAGGACGAACAAGACGACAAAGGGUCCGACGCGGAGCAAGAGAGCGCAAACAAUGCAAAUCGAUUGACUGCAUCUGCAAACACAGCUCCGGGGAACAGCGAAAAGAUUUUCGAGAUAUUCGGAGUGCAGCUGUCCAGUGCCAACGUGUUGUUUCAGCUCGAAGAAAUCGAUGACGAUGAGGUGCGCGAGUGGAUUGCUCAGUUCGCAAAGCAGUCAAAGCCAUCAUUGCUCGGCGGGUGGUACCCAACACAGAUGUUUCUACCGCUACGCGAGAUCAUUCGACUUCGCAUCGCUGCAAUGGUAGGCCGAUCGAAGGCGGAACUUGACACGAGACGCAAACGUCUGGACGCGCUGAAGAAGCAGGCGCUUGCUGAGUAUGCGGACAGCGUUCGGUCAGCUAGCAAGGACCAGCCGUCCAGCCGAUCCGGCAUCGCUUCAGUAUCGGUCACCACACGUGGCAACUUUGUCGAGGCAGCAGCAGUAGCCGAAGAUGAGGAGGGGGAGGAGGAGGAGCACGCGUUCGAGAAGUCUCUGAUCCGAGAACGCAGUGCGACGUCCAACGUGGAGAAGCUGUCGGUAGGAACGGAAGCAGAAAAGGCUGAAGAGGAGGACGAGGACUUGGACGAGGACAUGGACCUGCAAGAAGACGACGAAGAGGACAACGAUAACGUCAGCGCAGGUCGCUCGCGCGCAGCGUACGACGAAGAUGAGGCGUUGGACGACGACGACGACGAAGAGGAACAGGCAGAGAAUGUUGCGGUGGACACGCAGCAACUACCGAACGGCUCUUGUGUUGCUGCCGACGACAAAGUCGAGUCCACCGAGUACUCUUUCUAA